AUGGACAAGAAACGCCCUCGGAGUAGUCGAAUCAGACUGGUCCGCUACAUCCCUGAGACGUCACCAACAAGCAGCAUCCACUCAGGCUUUGAGCCUGGUAUGAGGUGCAAAUCAUGCGGUGGCUUCCAUGCCCUUAAACCGGGCCUCUCUUCGCCUGUGGAGAGACUAGUCUGCAGUUGUUCCCGGUGCGAGAUUUACAUCAAGGAAGUACGCCCCCGGUCUUCUAGCAACAGUCUGUCAUCAGACUCCGAUUACAACAGCAAAUGUGGCUGCGACAAGUGUCGUGACAUUGAGAAUCGCCGGAUACGCCCCCGCGAGCCACGACCUAUAAGCCCAACUAGCAGUGAUUCUUCCGGCUAUGAGCGCACCGCAGGAGCCCGUGAUCGUCAUCCAGCCCGUCGCGCCGGCAGUUCACCUCUGGCCGAGAAACCUCGGGAAGCUCCCUCGGCUCCUAUGACACCUGCCCUAUCGGCCAAGCCCACCUCGACUCGUCCAUCGAUCACGACUAUGCAUGCCGCCCCGAUUAUUCAUCAUCACUGCUCACAGGCAGCCCCGAUGAUUCAUUAUCACUCCUCGCAGGCAGCGUACUGCAUGGAGCAUCCGGAGCUCUGUCGUGUAAUGCCUUCGCCAAUUCCACUACCUGCUCCUCCGCGCACACAGCCUCAGCAGUCACACCCCAGAUCCCGACAAGGCUCGCCCGAUCAGCCCAACCCGCGGCAGCUCAAAUGUACCUGUGGGAGUCCUGCUUCGGAGACUUUCUCUUCGAGGUAUGGAACACCCAGAACCUGGACCAGAUUCCAGCACUGCGGAUGUGGCUCCACCGCAGAGCAAUAUAUCUUUGACGGUGGUGACACUGCGUCUGACAGCUCGGUGCAUGCAAUGGCUGGCGACGAUCACGACGAUAUUGAAUCCCAUUGCCCUCUUCACCACCGCUGUCGUCCUAGAUUUGAGGCUGAGCAUGGUUGGGUUUGUGGACGGAAAUGA